CGGACGAAUCGCCACGCCCGCCGCGGCGAUCAGGUCAAUCAUUUGCCCUGCAACUGCACCCAAACUCGCACACCACAGUCGACAUCACAGAUGAGAGCUCCCCCGAGCAAGACCAAAAACAAGCCCCAAAACCGAGAGCUCCGCACGCAGACCAUCACGGUUUUCUUUACAGCCGUGCCCCUUCUUCCCCCUUCCACCCGCGCGGAGCAGAUCUUUUCUCCCCCCGGUCCGGCCCCGCGCCCGAUCACGUCAGUCACCGAUCCGGCGUGGGGGCGACCCGAGGACGAUGGAGAGCUCCGGCGGGGCACCACCAGCGGAGGAGCGGCGGCUGUUGGCGGCGUCGCUGACGGCGCGGUACUCGGACUGGGUGCUGGAGGAGCUGGACGAGCUCCCGGGGAGCUUCCUGCUCACGGACCCGGCCAUGUCGGGCCACCCCAUCGUCUACGCCUCCAGGGGGCUCGCCUCCCUCACGGGGUACCGGCCCCGCGACGUGCUCGGCCGCAACGCGCGCCUCUUCCAGGGCGCCGCCACCGACCGCGCCGCGGUCGCCGGUGUCCGCGACGCCGUGCGGUGCCAGCGCGCGCACCAGGUCGCCAUCCUCAACUACCGCCGCGACGGCGCGCCGCACUGGGUGCUGCUCCACGUCGCGCCCGUCUUCCACGCCCACGACGGCAGGGUGCUCCACUUCCUCGCCGUCCAGGUGCCCAUCGCCGCCGCGCCGCGCCGCCGCGCUGCUCCGUGCCGACGGCCGCCCGUGUUCGCGGCGUGCCGGGAGGAGGCCAGGGUGGAGGAGGAGCUGCCUUGCGCGAGCCACGCAGGGGAGGCGUUUGUUGAUAUCGAUAAGAGAGGUCUGGAGACAACCAGAUGGUUGGAAGCUGGGGAACCGCGUGUGGCUAGCGGUUGUGACAAAGAGAAGGCUCUGAGCACAGCUAACAGCAUCUUUUCUGCACUGAAUCGCUAUAGCAAACUAACUGGUUUGGUGGUUUGUGGAAAGAGAUGUGAUUCUGCUGGUAUCCCAGCACUCAGCUCUUCCUUAAAUCUCUCUCUCGGUAGAAUCAAACAAAGCUUUGUAUUGACUGACCGCCAUUUGCCUGACAUGCCUGUAGUCUAUGCUAGUGAUGCUUUUCUAUCAUUAACAGGUUACUCGAGAGAAGAAAUAUUGGGCUGUAACUGCAGAUUCUUAAAUGGUCCAGGAACCAGUCUGGAGGUUUUAGAGGAGAUCAAUCGGAACAUUUGCUGUGAGCAGGCUUGCACAGUGCAUCUACUGAACUACAGGAAAGAUGGGCUCGCGUUCCCUGAUCUGCUACAUGUAUCUCCGAUCCGAAAUGCAUCGGGCAAGGUUGGCUUACAUCCUUUUCAGGUCGCAUUUCAUGUCUGGGUUCACCUGGAUGAGAGCAUCAAGCAUGAUUUCAAUGGGCUGAGCCCCGAGGUAUGGCAGCUGGGUGCUGUUGGUGCGGUGAGAGUUGCAGUCAGAAGCUUGUCCGCGUCAGGUAGCCUGUUGAGACCGUCCCAAUAGCGUUGUUUUUCCUGUUUCCUUCCGAUUUUGGGACAUUCCAGUUGCUAAUGUUUGUAUGUAAAGUAGUUGCUCGGUGAAUAAUAUUUUAGUGCAUAUCACAGUAACAAUGGCGGGUCAAUACAUGUUGCGAUUGUGUAAAAUGCAAAAUGAAGGAAAAUGGGGGGAGGAAAUAGUUGCAGUUUUUCUUCGGCUUC